UGUUUUAAAGAAAAACUAUUUUUACAUCGAAUUAUAAUUAAUGUAAGUCAACCGACAAGUUAUAAGGUCAGACAAGUCUGGAUACUUUAUUAGAUUAGCUCUUUACGUCAUAUUAAGAUAAGUUUUUCAGCGAAGUUGAGGAAAUAAACGAUAGGUAAAAUUAAAUUCAUACCGCAAUCAUGCUGGCGGAUAACGAUACCUUGUCAACUUUUGCGUUUAACAAGACAACGAUGAUCGACGUAGUGACAAGUGUUACACGAAGAAAACAUGUGAGUUUCGUGCCUCAACUUGUAUUGACUCUUGUCUACACAACCGGUGUCAUUGGUAACGUGUCUGCGUUGGUCAUACUUUUUCAUCGAGACAAGAGAAGAAACCGCAAGCAUUUACUGAUGCUACGUUGUUUGGCAACCAACGAUCUUGUGGCGUUAUUGGGGAUGUUAGUUCAGAUGUAUGUUACAAUUUAUGCGGGCGAUGUGACAUCUACAAGAAUAUUUUGCUCUCUUCGAGUUGUCUGGCGACUUUUUGGCCUCUUCAGUGGCUGCGUCGCCAUCGUUAUGGCAGCGGAGAGGUGGUUAGCUUUAACUAGACCCUUUGUUUACCAAAAGCAGGUGACGUAUCCGGUAAUUGUGCGUUGUAUGUUGGCGCUUUGGUUGAUUGCAUUAACGAUAACCAGCCUUCCGGUUAUGGGCUUCGGAUUGUAUUAUAAAGACAAACAAUGCGUACGUUACAGAGAGGCCACAGAGCCGAGCGAUAUCGCUUAUGCUUAUGUAUGGUUUAUUUUUGGUACUCUUUUAUGUUUGUCAAUUGUCUGGUGCAACUUGGCAGUUUCUAGGGCUUUAAAUAAAUUAAGUCGUCGUACAGUUGCUCUUGGGAGAAUCUCCAGAGCCUCGUCGAGGGCAAAACCUUUGCUGACCAUAACCGGAGUACAUACACCACAUCGAUUAGAAACAGUUACGACCGAAGAAAGAGCAUUCGCAAGGCUUAUGGCUGUAUUAUCAAUAUCAUUCGUUAUUUGCUGGAUGCCACACAUGAUUUCUAUUCCAUUGGCUCAAUUCGCAAUGCAUUUACCUAAAACGGCGAUCGCUAUAAAAUGCAUUCGAAUCUUUCAUAUUAUAGCCGAUAUUCUUUUGUGCAUUCACUUUACCUUGGAUCCAUAUAUUUAUGUUCUUUUACGAAUGCCCCGGCCGAGAUUCCGAUUGUUGAAGCCCCUCUGUAGGAUCUGUUGGCCUGAUUCAUCCUAUAAAAGCCGCUCCAACUCUUUUACAGGUACGAUCGAUCACCAAUGUAGCACUAAUGGUCCACCCACACCGAACACUGAAACUCCAUCAACCCCCGUUAGCGAAGAGCACGAUUCGCAUCUGGUUACAGCAUCUCUCUGAGAUCGGCCUAUGCGAAUGAUCUUCCUAAAGCGAUUGAAAAAUCACGACGUAAUCCACGUGUAAAGCUUUGAAUCGCUUCGACUGGAAGAUAUUCGCAGACAGCUUUUAAUUAACUCCAUUCAUUUGCAUAAGGCAAGUGAAAGCGAUGUUGAUUUUCGAUACGCAAAAUCAAAAUUUGACUUAAAAAUUACUUGAAAAAGAAAAUUUUAAUUUGUAAAUAAGUAAUUACGGUAUACUUAAAUAUGUUUGUUUAUGCAAGUUUCUAGUCAACGAGAGCGCGAGAAUGAAUGACGGAAUACAAUUAAUCGCGCAAAUUACCAAAGUGUGAUAUAACCAUGACUUAAUAAAAAAUAUAUUUCCAAUAUUAAAAAUUCAAAUAUAGGAUGCGGAUAUAAAUGACAAUAUUUUGGAGGAUACAUUUUUUUUUAAUGUAGUUUA